AUGGAAGUGUCUACUAAUGUUUUGCAGGGUAUCACUGCUGCGAAUAACAAUGAAAACGUUCCCGACGAUUGUUUUCCUGCACUCGUCACGUCUGCGUGUCAAGGAAUAUUGAAUCAGUCACCACACAUAGAUCCCAGACUCAGGAAAUUGGAUCAAGAUGUCCUGAAAGAAACCCUUGCCAGUUUUGCUCUUUUCAUUUCAGAAGCAGCUAAACAUGAUACAGAUGUACAAUCCUUAAUGUCAUUGUUAGAAGAAUGCAAUUUUUCAAAAGACCGUAUCAAAACAUUUGUCAGUGUAUUUUGUAAAAAUAAACCAUUUCUACAAACCUUAUUAGCAAACACACAUGAAAGUCUUCCACAUGUUCUUGGUGUCAAGUGGCGACUAGAUUAUUAUAUAAAGAGCAAUCAUCUUGAAAAAACCCAUCAACCUGUCUAUUUGCUGAGUUUAGUGACUGAGAUCCCUGGUGAGAGCGAAUUGCAAGAACUAAAUUUCUCGUGUACAUUGGAACAACUGCAGAUGUUAGUCGGCAAGUUAAGAGAUGCUAGUAAAUGUGUAGAGAGAUUUGCUCAGCUCUAG